UCCGCUUUAGUUGUACUUCCGGUGUUAUAGGUCACGACAAAAUGGCGCCGUCCAAGAAGAAACAUGCCAGUGGCACAGAGGCUUGUGUUAUUCCUGGAGGAUUUACAGUGCUUUCUUUGCAGUUUAGCUCCAACAGCGUUGCUCAACAUAAGCUGUAUGUGAAAGAGCACAAAGUACGAGCAGAGAAGAGUUCACACAGGCCGCUGGACAGGACUUUAUUUGUCCUCAACAUCCCUCCAUACUGCCCAGAGGAUGUUGUCAAAGAGUUGUUCUCGCAGUUUGGCAGUAUUCAGUCAGUGGAGUUGAGAGACCACCCGGGCUCAUUUCAGCAGUCUGGACCGACUCUGUCCAGGUUCUUCAGGCCAGCUGAAAAGCAGGGCUUCAAAGUUGGCUACAUUGUGUUCCAGAAGUCCUCCAGUGUGACAGCAGUUAAAUCACAUCCCCAUAAUGUGCCUCUGAUCGUCAGCACAGAGCAUCAUCCAGUGAGGACAGGAGUAGAGAAAUGGAUUCAGCAGUACACACAGACUUUCAUUCAGCCGGAAAAACUGCAACAAAUGGUCGACACGUUCAUGGAAGACUACGACAAGCGUAAAGAAGAGGAAGCGGAGCGGCAGAGGAUGGAGGCUGAGCAGCAACAAGAAGAUGAAGAAGGCUGGGUGAAAGUCACUAAGGGACACAAGGGCGCCAAGGCCCGCCCUCAUAGUGAGGCAGCCAACCAGAGGACUCUACAGAAAGAGAUAAGGAAAAAGAAGAGGAAGGAGCUCAUGAACUUCUACACCUGGCAGCACAGAAACACACAGAAAGAACAUAUUGCUGAACUAAGGAAAAAGUUCGAGGAGGACAAACAGAGAAUAGCUCUGCUGAGGGCGCAGAGAAAGUUCAGACCUUAUUGAGUCAUCUAACCGGAUUUUUCUUCUUUCUUCACUACUUUUGUGUGUUUUAGUUACAUUACAAACCUGAGCUUUUUUGUGUUAAUAAACUAUUCUGAUUUA